AAUGUUAGUAAAAAUAUGUAUUUUAAAUUUUAAUUUUAAAUUUUUUACUAUACUUUAUUUUUUAUUUACAUAGGACCGGGUCAAUCGGUUCAACCAGUGACCCACCGGUUGAACCAGUAACCCAGUGACCCAGUAACCUGACCGGUUCGAUCACCGGUUCGGUUCUGACAACUAUGGUUGAGGCAGUUAAGAACAUUAUUAUAAUUUAUUUAUUAUUUUAUUAUAAAAUAGUAUUUUCGGUUGAACUAUAGUUGGACUAAUAAAUUAAUAAAUUAAUAAUUAAAAUAUUUCAAUGACCGAUUCGAUUUUUAAAAUCUUGAAUAAAACCGAUCAAUAUCGGCAAACAUUUAGUAGCGAUUUUUAUAACCACAACUAAAUAGGAAGAUUGCGGCAGUUUAUCUGAUGUUUUUCGAUUGUACGGUAAAAUAUCACGAUUUAGUCACAAUUAUUACCUAACGGUCACAAAAUUAUAUAUUCACAAAUAAAAUACAAGUUAUUAUCUAUCCAUCAUUAUCACCCCAUACGUAACUUCUGGUAGAGGUUGAGAACGAAUAUUUAUUUGCGUUUGAAUUAUGAUAAAAAAUUUAUGAGUAUUUAUCCAAAUUGGUCCCUAAGAAAUUUCAAAGUGGACGUUUUAGUCCUCAACUAAAAUUAAUCACUCCGUUGGUCCUCAACAUUUUUUGGCGUCAGACCAAUUGAUCCUUCCGUUAAAUUGGUCUGUUAAAGUCUAACGGCAAAAUCCAACGUGUCACAUUGAGUUGGUGACACAGAUGAUAAGAGACACGUGAGAAAGCAGACAACGUGGUCUCUGGGGUGAUUGUACCAAAACGACAAUGAAAAAUUAUAGAUAGCCAUGAAACGACGUGUGAAAUCAAAAUCUUCUUCUUCCUCUUGCCAGAACCCUAAUUAACAAAGGCUAUAGUGUUAACAAUGGCUGCCGGAGAUAGUUGUGGAAGUUCAUAUCGACGGCGAGUUAAAGGUAGUGGUGACGACAGUGUUAGCAGUGCUUCUGCCCACGGCGGUAGGUUCAGAGUCGCCAAAGGAAAAAUUCCAAGAUGUCAUUGUGGAGCCUAUGCCAUAGUUGUAGAGUUUGGAACCGAGAAAAAUCCGAAAAGACCUUUCUUUGGAUGUCCUUUUUAUAGGGAGAAAACUCCCCACUGUGAUUUCUUUGUGUGGUUUGAUAGGGUAUUUCAAUGUGAUGGUCAUGGUGGAGAGGAUGAUGAUGCUCUAGCGGAGAAGGUGAAAAAGCUGAAAGAAUUACUUGAUUCAUUUGAGAAGAAGAAUAAGAAUGCCGUUGAGAAUAGACAAUGGUUCGGGUGCUGCAGUCCUGUGUUCUUUUUCAUACUAGGAUUUAUGGUCUGUCUUCUUGUAGGUAGGAUUUAGUUAGUUUAAGGAAGAUUUUAUCUUAUGUUAUAUAGUGUAACAAGUAAUUACAGUGUUAGCUUUUGUUUAUGCAAGUUUAAUCUGUAAGUGCUAGGACAAGCAAUGA